UUGCAAGCUUACUGCUGUGGUUGUUGUGUGGAGGUGUUUUUUGUCUGUUUCACUCAGUUCAAGGAUGUGAACAGAGCCUAUCGGGCACUAAUAGACCCAGUGAAGCGCAACAUCUAUGACAAGUACGGCAGCCUUGGUCUCUCCAUAGCAGAACAGGUUGGUGAAGACAAUGUCAACACCUACUUCAUGCUUUCGAGCAAGUGGUGUAAGGCCCUGUUCUUCUUCUGCUGUGCUAUCACCGGUUGCUACUUCUGCUGCUGUUGUUGUUUCUGCUGCAAUUUCUGCUUCGGAAAGUUUAAGCCGAGUCCCAAUGAGCCGAUGCCCGAUGAAAUCAAUUUACGCGAUGAAGAAUUUGAUGAUCUAGCAGACCCAAUGCAUCAAGCUGCACCUCCUUACAAUCUGGACGACCUGCGGCAAACACAAUUUGAUUCCUCGUCCUACGCUCCGGCGGUGCAACCGAUGCCACCUCCCACAGGAGCCGUCAUCACGCAACAACCGCACUCGACCGUCGCUAGUUACUAA